CAAGAAGAUGAUGAGCUGAGCGGCAGGCGCAGACUGAAUGCAUAAUUGGCCUAUCUUAGUCAUAGAAUUUCUCUUGCCUUGUCUAGUUUUCUUGCCAAAUUGCUGUUUAAUGUCGAACUGUACCGUUAACCGUUACGGUGUAGAAACCAAAUAGCAGUAACGGCAGGAGAAAGAGCGAAGCAGUAACUGAAAGGAGUUGGGCAUCAAAUUGCACCGGAUGUCAUUACACGCUCUUAAAUAUCGAGGACUAUAAUCAAGACCAGAGCCAUGGAGGUUGUAACACAUUUUGUGAAUGACACGGUAGAAUUUUACAAAUGGAGCCUUUCUAUAGCAGACAAGAGGGUAGAGAACUGGCCAUUGAUGUCAUCUCCCCUCCCCACUCUGGCCAUCAGCUGCCUGUACCUGCUCUUCCUGUGGGCGGGGCCUAGAUACAUGCAGGACCGCCAGCCCUAUACACUCAGGAAGACCCUCAUAGUGUACAACUUCAGCAUGGUGGUGCUCAAUUUCUACAUCGCCAAAGAGCUCCUACUAGGCUCUAGAGCAGCCGGGUACAGCUACCUCUGUCAGCCUGUCAACUACUCCAAUGAUGUCAAUGAAGUCAGGAUAGCAUCUGCUCUCUGGUGGUACUACAUCUCAAAAGGAGUGGAGUUUUUGGAUACAGUCUUCUUCAUCCUGAGGAAAAAGUUCAACCAGGUCAGCUUCCUGCAUGUCUACCAUCACUGCACCAUGUUCAUCCUCUGGUGGAUCGGAAUCAAAUGGGUCCCUGGUGGACAAUCAUUCUUUGGUGCAACCAUCAACUCCUCCAUCCAUGUCCUCAUGUACGGUUACUAUGGUCUGGCAGCAUUGGGACCUCAGAUGCAGAAGUACCUGUGGUGGAAGAAAUACCUCACCAUUAUUCAGAUGAUCCAGUUCCAUGUGACUAUCGGCCAUGCUGGCCACUCCCUCUACACUGGCUGUCCGUUCCCUAACUGGAUGCAGUGGGCUCUGAUUGGCUAUGCAGUGACCUUCAUCAUCCUCUUCGCCAACUUCUACUACCACGCUUACCGACGCAAACCCGCCUCCUCGCAAAAAGGGGGCAAGCCCAUCGCCAACGGCACCUCGAUGGUAACUAACGGUCAUAGCAAAGUGGAGGAAGUGGAGGAAAACGGCAAGAGGCAAAAGAAAGGAAGAGCGAAGAGAGAGUAAAGGAAGAAGAGGGCUUGCUUUGGACGUUUGUUUUAAGGGCCAGAGAAGGAGGGAGGGGUGGGGAGGGACAAACAGAGAAGUUCAUACCUGACCGGCUUCAUCAUCCCUGCCAGUUUUGUAAAAGGAUGCAAUUUGUGACCAACUUUGAACGGGGGAAGUGUAGCAGUGUGUGUGUUUGUGGGUGUGUCUGUCAGGGUUUCUGAAAGGAAGAGAGGGGUGUUGGUUGUCUCCAUAAGUUUUUUUUAAUCAAGAAAAGCAGAAGGCUGUUCACGUAGGCUCCGCGCUUUCCUGUCCAACUGUGUUUGGGACCGUCAAAGGACCAAAAUAUUAAAGGACCUACAAACCGCUCAGCAUCCACUAACUUGUCAACCAAAAUUCACCUCCAACUUUUGUACUCUGGAUACCAGUAUUGUUUUAACUGAAAGCUUAAAUAGUCUUUAAGAUGCUAAUUUAUAUUCUAGUACUCUUAAAAAGUUUUAUUUUAACUAUUACCAAAAAAAAAAACAUGCAGAAAUUUAAGCCAGAGCUGUUUUUGUCUUGGAUCGGGGAGAGAUUUUGUUUACAAAAUCAGAAUAAAAUCACACUACAAUGCUCUCAUAACUGCCAUCAACUGUAUUUAAAUACUCCUUACUCUACAACUACCAACAUUGCUGUUUAAAACUGAUAUGACUGCUGCAUUUUCAGAAGAAGAAGCUAUUUUUUCUUUGUAUUUAUUGUGAAUUUACCUGGUUUAAAACACUUUGGGGAAGAGGGGGCUUUAGCUUUUUUAGAAUUUAUGCAAAUUUGUGGGUAUCUUUGUUAUAAUGUUUUUGUGUGGGUCCUCAUGAUUAAUUUCUCUUUGCUGUGCGAUGUAGCUGAGGUGCAAGAAUAAGAGAUUGAAGUUCAGCUCAGUGUUGUCUCACUGCCAUGUAGGACUGAAGGGAACGUCUUCCUGAGAAGAGCUUUUUUAAAAAAAAAUAAUAAAAUAAAACAAAUGUUAAAUUCAUUGUCUUACUUAAAAGGAAAGCAACACAGCUUCUGGCUGCACUUAUAACUGAAAUAAAGACAAU